AUGAGAGAGUGCAUUUCGAUCCAUAUCGGUCAAGCUGGAAUCCAGGUCGGAAAUGCUUGUUGGGAGCUUUAUUGCCUCGAACAUGGCAUUCAGCCUGAUGGGCAGAUGCUGAGCGAUACGACCGUAGGUGGAGGUGACGAUGCUUUCAACACCUUCUUCAGUGAAACUGGAGCUGGAAAGCAUGUACCUCGCGCAGUUUUUGUGGAUCUCGAGCCUACUGUGAUUGAUGAAGUGAGGACUGGGGCAUACCGCCAACUAUUCCAUCCUGAACAGCUGAUUAGUGGAAAGGAGGAUGCAGCUAACAACUUUGCUCGUGGACACUACACCAUUGGAAAAGAAAUUGUUGAUGUAUGCUUGGACCGUAUCAGAAAGCUUGCAGACAAUUGUACUGGUCUCCAAGGCUUUCUGGUUUUCAAUGCUGUAGGCGGAGGCACUGGUUCUGGUCUUGGUUCCCUUCUCCUGGAACGUCUUUCAGUGGACUAUGGCAAGAAAUCCAAGCUUGGAUUCACUGUUUAUCCUUCCCCUCAAGUUUCAACCUCUGUUGUUGAGCCUUACAAUAGUGUCCUCUCCACUCAUUCCCUUCUCGAACACACUGAUGUGGCUGUCUUGCUUGACAAUGAAGCCAUAUAUGAUAUUUGCAGGCGCUCUCUUGACAUUGAGCGACCCACCUAUACUAACCUCAAUCGUUUAGUUUCUCAGGUGAUAUCAUCACUAACUGCUUCCUUGAGAUUUGAUGGUGCCUUGAAUGUUGAUGUUACUGAAUUCCAGACUAACCUGGUGCCAUACCCUAGGAUUCACUUCAUGCUUUCUUCCUAUGCUCCUGUGAUUUCAGCUGCGAAAGCAUACCAUGAGCAGCUAUCUGUUGCUGAAAUCACAAACAGCGCAUUCGAGCCAUCAUCUAUGAUGGCGAAGUGUGAUCCACGCCAUGGCAAAUACAUGGCUUGCUGUCUUAUGUACAGAGGUGAUGUGGUGCCUAAAGAUGUUAAUGCAGCUGUGGCAACUAUCAAGACCAAGCGCACUAUUCAAUUUGUUGAUUGGUGCCCUACUGGAUUCAAGUGCGGAAUCAAUUAUCAGCCUCCAACUGUUGUUCCAGGGGGUGAUCUUGCCAAGGUGCAGAGGGCUGUGUGCAUGAUCUCCAACUCCACUAGUGUUGCCGAGGUUUUCUCACGCAUUGAUCAUAAAUUUGACCUCAUGUAUGCUAAGAGGGCAUUUGUUCAUUGGUAUGUUGGUGAAGGGAUGGAAGAGGGUGAAUUCUCUGAAGCUCGUGAAGAUCUUGCUGCCCUUGAGAAGGAUUAUGAGGAAGUUGGUGCAGAGGCUACUGAAGGUGAAGAUGGUGAUGAAGGAGAUGAAUAUUGA